AUGUUAAUAUUCUUAUUUGUGUUGUCUUUUUUGCGUUUAACCGUUGGAAUAGGUCUAUGUACAUUUGAUCAACCUUUAUUGGGUGAAUAUUAUUCACAUGAAAAUGGCCUUGAAACUCAUACAUCAUUGAAACUAAAUGGAGAUAUUGAUAGACUUUAUUAUCGUCGUGAAUCAGGUGCUGGUGCAACUCAAAAAGAUAGUGGAGGUCUUUUAGUUAGUAAAGAUGUUGGAGAAUGUUUUCAAUUAAAUCUUAAACGAUAUUAUUAUGAACUUAUUUAUCGUGACAAAUCUCAAUCUUGCUUUCAAUGUUAUCAAAUGUUUAACCGAACAAAAAAUAUAAUUCAAUUAAGAAAAAGUUCAUGUGAAGAAAUAACUUUACUAACAAAUCAAAUGAAUUUUGAGGAAUUAUGUCGAACUAUUGAUGAACAAAGUGAAUUUAUAACACUUUUUUCAAAAAGUUAUUCAGCGGAAGAAUGUCGUCGAACAAUGUAUGGAACAUAUCAUUUUACAUAUGAAUUUCGUGAAGGUGGUAUUGGUAUAUGUGAUAAUCCAACAUCACGUUUAAUAUCUUGUCCAGAUCCUGGAACUCCAUUUGAAGCUGUUAAUGAACGUUUUAGAAUGAAAUAUGGAUAUUGUAAACAUUUAACAUCUUCAUUUGAUGCUGAUCAAUUAUAUCAAUGUCUUGGAUCAUGGUUAACUACAGAUGGAAAUAUAAUAACUGCUUUUGCUAAUGAACGUGUUGGAUCAGAACGUUGGUAUGAUAAAUUUCGUUGUAUGUUAACACGAAAAGAUCAACCACAAUGGUUUGCUAAAUCUUUAUUUGCUGAAUGUUCUUCUUUAUCAAGUCCAACUGAUGGACCAGAAAAAGUUAUUAUUACACCUAUCAUACCAGAAGAACCAACAUCAUCAUGUUAUUUUCCAAGCAAUUUAACGGGUCAAUGGAUAAAUACAGCAAAUGUUAAUGCUCGUGUAUUAAUAAAUGCAACACAUAUACAUGAAAUAGCCAAAGUUAAUAAUCGUGGAUGGUUAAGAGAAACUUAUUAUAUUUGCCAACAAACAUCUCGUAGUCAAUAUUUAGUUAAAUCUGUUACCAAAGGAGAAUGUUUUUCAUAUUAUAUUUGUUUUGAUUUUAAAGAUCGUCAUCAUAAUAUUCUUCGAUAUAGAAAAUCAAAAUCAUUUAUGUCAAAUUUAUAUAACUUAUUUCCAAAUCGUGAUCCUUUUUAUGAAGUUUGUUCAUGGACAAGUUUUGGUAAUGUUGCUAAUUGGAAAUAUCAAGUUUUUGUUUUGGAUCCUCCAGCACCAAUUGAAUGUCCAUUUACUGGUAUGUGGAUAUUUAAACAAGUUGGACAAUCAAGUUCAUUAAUUCAAACACGAAUUCGUGGUGGUGUUACACCUAGACCACGUGAUCAUGGUUGGUAUAUAACAUGUCAACCUGAAUAUAUUGUAUCGCAAUGGUCAAUAUGUGGUGAUCAAACAAAAUCAAUGUUUGCUGAUCGUGAAUAUUGUCGACAAUUAGAUCCAUAUGGAACACCAAUUGGUGUUUAUGAACAACCUGAUUAUAUAUAUCAAUGUGCUGGGUAUUGGAGAGAAGAUUCUCGAUCAAUGAUGGUUACAUAUGAUCGUGAUGAUCCUUAUAAUAAUUAUAAAUGUUGGGUUUAUGAAAGAAGAGAUUUAACAACAAUAACAUUAUCAAGAUCGGCUGGUUCAGCUUGUGGUUUUAAUCAAACAUCUGAAAGUUAUAAAUCUGAAGNUUACUCAAAUUAA